AUGACACCCGCAGCCUUAGCAGCAUUGAUGGAAAAGGUCUGGGAUGCUAAGGUUUUCGAGGUUGAGGAUGCGUUUUUCACGGGUGUUCUGGCCAAGAUGGCUGGUGUACGGUUAGAAAAGGAGCGAGGAUUCUGGGACCGAUUCAAACCGUCACAACCCUGUAUCAAUGGUGAAGGAACUGUCAUCAGCUAUCCUGUACAUAAGGCUGGCCCUCGAGACCUACUCGAGUCAUGGAUGAACAUACGUACAAUUCGGUGCCGUUAUCCAGUCGAGGACUUCUUCAUGUCAUUUUUUAUGGGGGACUAG